AUAACAAAGAGCGUUCGUCAAACCAGCGUUCAACACCCAAGCAAGGCGCAUCAUCUCCAGGCGCGACGAGAGGGUCCCUGCCACUGCCCCCCAACCCUUGCACGGACAGACCCUGGUUUCACAAUCUCACCCGGGAACAGGCGAUCAUCCUCAUGGAGCAGCACAAAACCGACGGCUGCUUCCUCCUCAGGCCAUCCACCACCAACCCCGACAAUCCGAUGACCCUCGUCCUGUGGUUCAAGGACAAGGUCUACAACAUUCCCGUUCGCAGGCGCCCCGACAACAAGUACGCGUUGGGCACGCCAAAGAGCGAGGAGCAGGCGUUCGACAGUAUCGAUGACAUCGUCCCUCAUUUCAAGUCGGAGUCCUUGAUCCUGUUCAGCGGGGGGGUGGAAAUGGGCUGCACAAUGUUGACGGACACGCCGUCCAAGUAAAUACAUUGUUACAACAAUCAACCACCAUCGUGUUGGUACCGUUUCAAAGGCUAAUAUUAUCAUUUUUUUUUUUUUUUUCUUCAUAUUAUAUAAUAUGGACUUUAAUGGUCCUCGAUGCAUUUACAGUAUAAUUUACCAUUUUCUCGACAACUCGAAUCGAAGGAUAUUCAUUUUCAUCAAAAUGAUUUAGUGAAAAGGUCCGAUUUCUA